AUGAAAAUAAACAAAGGCGAAAGAAAUAGUAUAUUUAAUGAAUUACAAAAAACAUGUAAUAAUGCUAACAGUCUAAUUGAAGAAGUAAUGAAAAGUGCAAUAGAUUAUAAUGAGAGUUGGAUGAAUAACAUUGCAGAAGAAAUAAGUGAUGUUGAAGGAGAAAGUCCCGAAGAUAGAAUUAAAAGAAUAGAAGGAAUUUAUAAAAGAAAAGAAAAAAUAAUUGGAAAAAAUGAAAUAAUUAGAAAUAAACUGAAAGAAGGAAUGAUGAUGAUAGAUAAUUUGAACAUUGUUUAUCAAAGAAUUAAUAAAAUUAUAUAUGAAGAUAAAGAGAUACUAUCAGAACAAGUUGACACUAUCAUUACAAAAUGA